ACAAGCUCUCUCGUAUUAUUCCUAUGCAAUAAAGCCAAUAAAAUAUGGAUAUAAAUCUACAUUGGCCCGAAGAUUUCGCAGGCAUUACAAUUCGAUCAUGAUAAUAACAAUAAUAACUAGCGCAACUUUCACUCUCACCUCGCCCAAUGAUAUCGCGUUAUCGCUGCUAGCCACGCCCCUUAUCUCCGAUGGGGGUAUAUCAGCGUUUGCGCAUCCCUAAGAUAAUAAAUAUCAGUGGCAAAAGGGUUUUGGCACAUAAUUCUAUUAAUCGUGACUCAGUCCAGUGCCUGUUGUAAUCAAAUAUUAUCAUCAUGGAGAAAAAAGUAAACCAGAACUUGCUCCGCAAAAGGGGUAGACCCGCUGGCAAAAAUAGAGUGCCCUUGUCUCAGAAUGAACGCAGAGCUAGAAACGCGCAGUAUGAGAGGGAACGCAGGGAAGAGAUGGUGGGUGCGUUUGCAGACUUGGCUGCGGCUGUUGGCGUCACCGGUUCCAUUUCAAAUGCAGAACUCCUGGCAACAGUAAUCACAGAGCUCCAACGAGCUUCGCAGGUCAAGCAUAGCAGUGACUUAGACUCGUUGCGGCGGUGUAAUAAGAAUCUUAUGGUUCAGAUUGAGACGUUGGAGCAGCGUCUUACAGAAUGUGAUGAGAUCGAGAGCUCCGGAUCCCCGACUCGAGAACUCACGGACACGUCUCGACCGGUCAAAAGGAAGCGGGAGGAUCGUGAGGCGCCGGUGGAUAUUCCCAUUCCGGAGCCUUCGUUAGAUUAUGUAAUCAAGCUGGAUCAUGAAAAUGAACACCCCGUGCCAGAACAUUUGUCGGAGCAAGAGUUUCUGCCAGCGGAUUUGCAGACGUCACCGGAGAGCAGCGCCUUUGACCACCGGGAGCAUGGUGUCAACUAUUCACCUUUCGCAAGGCCGCACAUGCCCGCUCCUAAGUGUGAGAUAGAGACCUCUGACCACAUUCAACUUGUGCCGCCUUAUACUAAGCAGAUCUACUAUCACCAUGCAUCCCAGCAGUGUCGUGCCGGUCCUUUUUCAUCAAACUCGUCGUUCAAACAAGACCACACGAGCUUCAGCGGAGAGACACAGCAUUCGCUCGACAAUAGCUGUUUGCCGACGGAUCCCUGGCUCCCGAUCGUGGCGACGUCGGAUCAGAAUUUCCCCGCUUCGAGGGAGUCACCAGUGAGCAGCACCUCUGACCAACAGGAUUACGUUGUCGACUAUUCCACCUAUCACUUCGCCGGGCCACAGGUUCCCACACCCGAGUAUCAGCUAGAUACUACGGUUGAACCGUCUGGAUAUAUCAAUCCUGUACAGCCAUACACAGAGGAGGCGUACUGGCACCAGUCACCCUGGCUGUGUCGCUUCGGCCCUUCUUCACCGGAAGAGCAGUUGUCGCCAUCUCAGUACCUGAAUCCUGGGACACACCACGGAUUUUCCUGUGAUAAGCUACUGUAAAUAUUGUUGUAAAUAAAUGUUUUAAUCGGUCUUACUGUUUUCAUUGUCUUAUAUUUAUUAUUUAGGUACCUAACUAACAUGCAUUUUAAAUGUUAAAUCGCCUAUUACAUGGUCGUUCACAGCACAAGAAUUAGCUGAAUAUGACUCUAAAAUAAGAGUCAUCUGCGAACA